AAUAGCCAAAUUAGAUAUGUCCAAGAAGUGAAUUUUUCCCUUUGUUAAAUAACUGAGGAAAGAAUAAGACACAGGAUCUAAUUAGUCGAUCAAAAAGAUACCUCCAGAGACAGUUGCCGGAUGCCGGCAUACGUACUGUGACCAAAAUUACAUUUGGCACUCAAUAGAGGUUUUAAAGAGCCCGUGGACUUAAAUAUCAUGAAAAUUUUGGAGAGUGAAGAGCAAUUAGAUCGUCUUAUUAGGUGGUCUGCUACAUCUUGGCUAAAUUUGCCAUGAACGUUUAUUCUUUGUCCGCAUUACUUACUCUUACGGCCAUCUCACUUUUUGGGUGGCCGUAUAUUGAUACUUGCCAUGCAUUCUCGAUCAAAGAAGCUAGCAUUAGUGAUCUUCAGCUUGCUUUUAUCCAAAACCAGCUUACAUCGAGACAGCUCGUGGAGUUCUACCUCGGAGAAAUUUCACGGCUUAAUCCCGUUCUCAAAAGUGUCAUUGAGAUAAAUCCCGAUGCACUCUUGGAAGCUGACAGGGCUGACAGAGAGAGGAACGAUGCAAAGGAGUCAGCAAGCUCUUUGUCAAUGUUGCAUGGUGUUCCAAUCCUUCUUAAAGAUAACAUUGCAACAAAAGAUAAGCUUAACACUACAGCUGGAUCAUUUUCAUUACUGGGAUCAGUGGUGCCCCGUGACGCAGACGUAGUGAAAAAGCUGAGAAGAGCAGGUGUGAUUGUACUAGGUAAAGCUAGCCUCAGCGAGUGGGCUCACACUCGGGCGCUAAAGGCGCCCAAUGGCUGGAGUCCUAGAGGUGGACAGGGAAGGAAUCCUUAUGUUCUCUCCGCAGACCCUUGUGGCUCGAGUAGUGGAUCAGCAAUAUCAGUGGCAGCAAACAUGGUAUCUGUGUCAUUAGGUACAGAGACCCGUGGUUCCAUCUUAUGCCCGGCCAGCUCAAAUGCAGUUGUAGGCAUCAAACCAACCGUUGGACUCACUAGCCGAGCAGGGGUGAUCCCAAUUACACCUAGACAAGACACUGUUGGACCAAUUGGCAGAACAGUAACAGAUGCUGUUCAUGUUCUUGAUGCCAUUGUAGGCUUUGACCACAAUGACGCAGCUGCAACUGCUGCAGCAGCUAAAUUCAUUCCUCGUGGUGGUUAUACUCGAUUUCUGAAAGUAGAUGGCCUUAAUGGCAAGCGAAUUGGAAUAGUGAGAGACCCCUUCUUCAAUUUCACUAAUAAUCCUGCCCUCGCUCAAGCUUUUGAGAAACAUCUCCAAACACUCAGGCUACAAGGUGCAGUCUUGGUAGACAAUGUGAAGAUAGCCAAACUUGAGACAAUUUUAGACUUUAAUCUGAGUGGUGAAGCAUCAGCAGUAUUGGCUGAAUUCAAGAUAGCCUUAAAUGUUUAUCUAAAAGAGCUAAUCGAUUCCCCUGUUCGAUCCUUAUCAGAUAUAAUAAUCUUCAAUCAAAAAAAUCCCCAACUGGAGAUGCUAAAGGAAUUUGGUCAAGAUAUAUUUUUGGCAGCUGAAUCUACAAAUGGAAUUGGAGAAACAGAAAUAAAAGCUUUGAGGAAUUUAUCAAGAUUAACAAGAAAUGGAUUUGUAAAAUUGAUGAUUAAGUAUAAGUUGGAUGCAUUGGUGACUGGUGGCUCUAGUGUUGCUGCAGUUCUUUCAAUAGGUGGAUUUCCAGCAAUUAGUGUGCCAGCUGCUUAUGACAAAAGGGUGCCUAUUGGCAUUUGUUUUAGUGGGUUGAAAGGUUCAGAGCCUAAAUUAAUUGAAAUCGCCUAUGGCUUUGAACAAGCAACUCUAAUUAGAAAGCCUCCUACAUUUUUGCCCUAAAAAUGUACUAUUAUUAGAAAAAUGUGUGUUACAUUUGUUUUGUUGCGUGUACUGAAAUUUACCGAUCCGAUUACUUCAAGUUUACAGAGAUGCAUGUAACUC